CCAGGGCAGGGGGAUGUUGCCAUCCACAGGACAAAGGCAAGAAAAGGGGAUGCCAUCAGAUAUAGGACUGUUGCUCAGAUGGGAACAGGAAGAGCUCUAGGUCCUUGGCACAGAAGUGAAAGCUGGGUGCCCUCUCAUUCUGCCCAUGAACAUAUUAUUCAGACAAAGGAAGGAAGUGAACCCAGGUUUCUCCACAGAAAUGCCACCUUGGUAUUGUUGCAAAAGGAGAACCGCUCCCCACCGAGAAACACCAGUAGGCCACCAACAGGAAAAGUCCGUGGCACUUUCCAGAAAAAUGACAAGCACACAGUGACCUGGAAGGAGCGCAGUGUUCUCACUAGGAACAGCACUCAAGCAACCCGAGAGAAAGAGGUUAGGCUUCUCCACAAGAAUGCCAGCCUGUCCCCAAAAGGGAAACAGCAGGGAAUACCCUCCACAAAUGUCAGUGUGAGGCCUCCUCGAGAAAAGCAGGAAACCUUCCAGAAAAUUGGCAAAAAGAGGAAUGGGAGUCAGGCAGAGCUGGCAAAAGGACCGGUUACCCUGUGCAGUCAGGCUGAAGCCGGAAAGGCUUCCAUGACUUCCCUAAGAACUGUCAGUCAGACCCUUCUGCAGGAAGGACUCAGUUCGUCUCUUAGGGAGGCCAGUCGAGCCUCACCAGGGAAAAGGCUCAUCACCCAGCCAAGGAGUAUCAGCCGGGCAGCAGAAGACAAGGCCCACAGCCCUUCUCACAGGAAUGCAAGCAGGUCACUGCCCAGCAAAGAGCCCAGGUCUCCUCACAGAAAUGUCAGCUGGGCCCUGACCAGAAGUGAGCAUGGCCCCCAAAGCAAGAAUGUUGUCCAGGUUCAGCUGGGAGAUAUACCUGGUGGUCCUUCCCAGAAUACCACCCAGUCAAAAAGUUGGAGAGAACAAAGCCUGCCUCUUCCAAAGGUCUUCCAAGGAAGGACAGGCUCACCAAAGCAGCAGCCUGCAAAACCCAAAGGAAGGAACAAGUCCAUCAUGCCCUCCCUGCCUCCCACUUGCUUGCUUUCUGAACAUGCCAUCGCUUGUGGGAAUGCCCACUUGAAACAGGUGCCCAAACUGACUGAUUCUGCUCUGAAAACCCUCUACCUGGCAGAGAAUGAGAUCAGCAAUAUCCCAGCUGGCGUUUUCUUGGGAUUACCCAACCUGGAAUGGCUGGAUCUCAGCAAGAACAAGCUGAAUUCAACUGGCCUGCACCCAGAAGUGUUCAAGGACCUCACCAAGCUGAAGCGUCUGAAUCUGGAUGGGAACCAGCUCACUUCAAUCCCAGCCUUGCCAAGUUCGUUACAUGAACUUAAAUUGAACGACAAUAAUUUAGCAGGACUUCAGAGACAGAACUUCAGAGGCCUCUUCAGGCUGCUUACCUUGGAGCUGAAAGGAAACCAGCUGCAUGAUGGCAACGUUCCCCCUACCACUUUCAGGUCCCUGCGCAGGCUUAUCUACCUGCGACUAGACCAGAACCACUUUCGAACUAUCCCAUCAGGUUUGCCUGCAUCUCUGCAGGAGCUGCAUCUAGAUUCUAACCGCAUUGAGGAGAUGACUGAGGGUGUCCUCAACAAAACCCUGAAUCUCUCUGUGCUGGUUCUGAGCAACAAUAUGCUGGAAGAGAAUCGUAUUGCUCCACAUGCCUGGAUUGACCUCCUGAAACUGGAGGCACUGGAUUUGUCUCACAACCGCUUAGUACACGUGCCCUCGUUUCUGCCCCGACAUUUGAAACAGCUGACUUUGCAUCACAACUGCAUUGAACGUAUCCCUGGCUAUGUUUUUGCCCAUAUGAAGCCUGGUCUGGAAUUCCUACAUCUGUCCCACAAUGUGCUGCAGGAUGAUGGUGUCCAUGCAGUCUCCUUCUUAGGGCUCUACCAUUCACUCGCUGAACUGCUCUUGGACAACAAUCAGUUCCAGGCCAUUCCCCGUGGCAUCAUCAACUUAAAGGGGUUGCAGGUUCUACGGCUGAGCCACAACCGCAUCCGGCAUGUCCCCCUGAACUCUGUCUGUGACACACGAGUGUCAGAAGAUUCGAAUAUUGUGUCCGUGCACCUGGAGAACAAUUUGAUAGACCGCCGCAGCAUCCCCCCAACAGCCUUCUCCUGUAUCAAAGCCUAUCAUAGUGUGAUACUGCGACCACAACAGAACGAAGAUGAUUAUUAUUAAGCCACUUGGGCAGUCAGACCAACAGCUCUGAAGCAACCACAAACUUACUAUGGGAAAAAAAGGGCCCUCCCCUGAAGGUGGGUGAUGGCUAGAGAAGGGACCUCUGCUGUUCAGGAUCUUAUGCUACUAAAAGAAUAAGAAAAAUGCAUCUACUCACAUCCCCUCUUCUCUAUAGCCAAUUUUACAUGCUUCCCACCCCCUGUAUCCCAUUUCUUUAUCCAAGUUAGGGGUAGCCUUUUCUUGUGAGUACUGGGAAUAGAAUUUUUGUUUAAAAAGAAAUAUAUUGUUUACAAAUAUAUAUAAAAGACCAGGCAAGCAUCCAGGCAGACAUAUUUCUCUGCAAAGCAGCAGGCAAAAUGACCUCAAGCUCAUCUUGUCA